GGCCGACAACCCUCUUUACCCCCUCUUCUUCAUCCUCAACUUCGACUUCGUCUUCUUCUCCCCCCCUUUUGCUGCUCUCGUCAUCUUUCCAUCUCCCAUCUCUCAUUCUUCCUUUCAUUUACACGCGAUCUUCCCGAGAGAUCUUUGCCCCGCGUGAUAUCUCCAUAUUUCGGCAGCAAUACAUUCCUGUAAAGAAAAUUGAGUGUUGCUCCGCUUUUUGCCAAGCUCGCAUUCACUCCCACAGAGAACAUCAUCCAUUGACUCAAGAACCAUCUCAUUACACACUCCUCAUUCAUCUCACAACAUGACAAACGCAAUGCCAAGCAUACCCCAAGAAACCCUGCAGCGGCUCUUGCAGACGCUCACCGACCUGGCCUCCGAUGACAACGAUACCCGCAUUUCUGCUGAAACCGUCCUCAACAGCGAAUGGAUGGUCAAGCAGCCCGAUGCCCUCCUUCUGGGGCUCGCGCAUUUCACCCGGAAUAGCGAAGUGACCGAUUUGCGUUCAUUCGCUGCAGUGUUGAUGCGUCGAGUCGCUUUCAAGUCCGCUCCGGAGCAGCAACAACAACAGGGUUCGAAGAAAACUUCCACAACAGAAGUGACCUUGUGGGAUGUUACACAGGAAGCGACCAGAACUACGACCAAGGCUCUCUUCCUCGAGUCGCUCUCGCGUGAAAAUCACAGGUCUGUUCGGAACAAGAUCUGCGACACCAUUGCAGAAAUGGCGCGCGCGUCCAGCACAGGAACAAAAGAACAAUCCUGGCCAGAGCUCUUGCCAGCGUUGUUCGAAUGUGCGAACUCGACCAGAUCAGAACUCCGAGAGUCUGCCUAUAGGGUCUUCGCCUCAAUGCCCAGUCUGAUCGUUACUCAGCCAGCAGACACACUGCACAACAUGUUUGCAGAAAGCUUCAAAGACGCCGACCUCCACGUCCGGCUGGCAGCAACGAAGGCCGUGGUAGCCUGCAUGCUCGACGCCGAUCACGAUUCCCGAUACACGCUGUUCCCACUCAUGCCCUCUAUGCUCGACACACUUCGUGCGCUCCUUGCGUCCAAAGACGAGACUGGACUGGUCGAAGGACUGGUUGCCAUGAUUGAGCUCGCAGAGCACUCGCCACGGCUUUUCAAGCAGGUCCUCCUCCUGAUUCAUCCAUUCAUGCUAAGCAUCAUCAAAGACAAGACCCUUGAGGACCGGACACGUCAAUCGGCCCUGGAGCUAUUGCUCACACUCGCAGAGUGUACAUCGAAUUUGAUCCGUAAGGUCCCAGACUUCGCGACGACACUUGUCCCCAUCGCAUUGGAGAUGAUGACUGAACUCGACGAUGAAGAGGACGAGACCUGGUAUACAUCGGACGAUCUGGACGAAGAGGAUCCAGAGGCGAACUCGGAGACUGGGGAACGUGCAAUGGAUCGAUUGGCACGCGCCUUAGGAGGAAAGGCGAUUCUCCCCAUUAGUUUCGUGUACAUCCCACAGAUGCUGGCGAGCAAAGAAUGGAAGGCACGACAUGCAGGACUAAUGGCGGUAUCAGCGAUUGGCGAAGGGUGUGUCAAGGCUAUGGAAGGUGAGCUCGCAAAGAUUAUCCAAAUGGUGCUACCCUUCCUAAAAGACCCGCACCCGAGAGUGAGAUAUGCAGCCUGCAACGCGAUCGGGCAAAUGGCGACAGAUUUCGCGGGUGUCAUCCAAAAAAAGUAUCAUGCGAUCAUCCUAACGAAUUUGAUCCCGGUCAUGGACGACGCACCGUAUCCAAGAGUCCGGGCACACGCUGCAGCGGCGCUGGUGAACUUUUGCGAGGCAGCCGAGAAACGCAUCCUUGAGCCGUAUCUGGAUGCAAUCUUCGAGAGACUGCUGUCACUGCUGAACACGGGUACGACGUACGUCCAGGAGCAGGCGAUUACAACGAUUGCGACGGUAGCGGAUAGCGCAGAGGAAAGGUUCGUCAAGUAUUACAGCGGGAUUAUGCCGCUGCUGAUGAAUGUCCUUCGACAGGCGAUGGGUCAAGAGUACAGGCUGAUGAGGGGAAAGGCCAUGGAGUGUGCCAGUUUGAUCGCGUUGGCGGUGGGAAAGGAAGUAUUUGCGCCGCAUGCCCAAGAGUUUGUCAAGUUGCUGGUCCAGACACAGACUACGGCGACCGAGUCGGACGACCCACAAGUGGCCUAUCUACUGGCAGCCUGGGCGCGUGUGUGCAAGGUCCUCGGGAAAGACUUUGUGCCGUAUCUGGAUAUAGUGAUGCCUCCACUGCUCGCGAGCGCGCAAUUGAAACCGGAUGUCGCAGUGCUGGACCCCGAGGAUGAUGUCGAGUCUAAGUACUCAACUGAGGAUGGGUGGGAAUUUGUUGGGGUGGAUGGCCGACAGAUCGGUAUCAAGACCACGGUUUUGGAAGAGAAGUGCACGGCAGUCGAGUUGCUGAUCUGCUAUGCGCGUGAGCUCGGGUCAGGCUUCCGACCGUAUAUUGAAAAAGUGCGCGAUAUUGUUUUACCGCUCCUCAGAUUCUAUUUCCACGACGGAGUCCGACACGCAGCGGCUGCAACGCUUCCGCAGCUGGUCUCGUGCGCCAAGAAGUCGGAGCUUGGGCAAGAGUAUUUAAUCAGCUUUUGGCACGGGAUUGCGAUCAAGAUUUUGGAAGUGAUGAGUAAGGAGACAGACCUGGCGUUCUUGCACCAGCUCUAUGCGACAUUCUAUGAGGCUGUGGAUAUCAUGGGACCUGGACCGAAUCUUUCGCCUGAGCUAUUGGAGCUGUUUACGAGAGCCACAGAGGUUCAGCUGAAGGAGAUGUUCGUGAGACUGAAGCGGCGGGAAGAAGAGGCUAGGGCGAGCGGAGGCGAAGAGGAAAAAUCCGAAGGAGAGGAGGAAAUCACUGAGGAGACCGUACUGAAUGAGAUUUCGAGGGCGUUCCACAGCGUGCUGAAAACGCAUAGGGUCGGAUACAUGGUGCAGUUCAAAUCUCUCGAGCGCGUAAUUGGAAUAUACCUGGAAGACCCGAAUCCGACGGCGCGACAGUGGGCGAUCUGUGUUCUGGACGACUUUGUGGAAUUUACAGGUCCACAUUCGUGGCCGAUCAUGGUCCCGUUCCUGCCCAUGAUCCUUGAAUCAAUCUUGAACACAGCGCCGGAUGUGAGACAGGCAGCCUGCUAUGGGCUCGGACUGUGUGGACAGUUUGGCGGGCCUCAGUAUGCGGAGGUGUGCAGCGUAGCAUUGACGCCGCUGUUCCAGGUGAUCCACGAGCCCGGGUCGAGGAAUAUCGAGAACGUGUUCGCGACCGAGAACGCUAUCUCGGCGGUGACCAAGAUCUGCCAGUUCAACCGAUCGCAGUUUGAUGUGAACACGGUGUUGCCGUCGUGGUUACAGACGCUACCGAUUGUCAACGAUGAGGUCGAGGCGCCAUUCACGUACACAUAUCUGCUGGAUCUUAUCGAAGCGCAACAUCCUUCAGUGCUGGGUCUCAACAAUGUCAAUAUGCCCCAUCUAGUUACGGUGUUGGUCGAAGCCCUAGCAGCGGCGGUAGUAUCGGAACCACUGACGACACGGAUGGUGUGCACACUCAAGGCGAUCCUGAGUACGCUGGACGGGACUAUGGUAGCGACUAUUUGGAACAGCAUUGCGCCCGAGAAGAGGAAAACGCUACAAGAUCUGAAGUACAUCUAACUCCCUUAGACGAUCAUCAUAUAUACGAAGUGCUUGCAUUAGAUAUCAAAUAAAGGACGGAUGGUAGGUAAAUGACAAUAUAUUAAACAAAAUGAAUUAAGAAAGCAA